AAUGAAGCCAUGACUGAUUGCAUGAUUGUAGCAGUGAAAAUGUUACGUGAUACAGCAACAUUGGAAGAAAAGAAUGAAUUUCUUCUCGAGAUCGAGUUUAUGAAGAAUGUUGGCCACCACAGGAACAUCAUAUGCAUGCUUGCUUGCUGCACCGAGGAUGAAGGCAAAGUGUUAUUAGUUGUGGAAUACGCAGACAAGGGCGAUUUAUUGACUUUUCUGAGAGAAAAGAGAAAGAAGAUGUCAACUGCUAAACCUAUUUACUGCACAACUGACSAAAAUCAAGAUGGCACAACCGAAAAGGAUGAAAACAUAGACAUCGAUAGUUUAUCCAAUGAUUUUAURUCAUUUGCGUGGCAAAUCGCAMAAGGAAUGGAAUACUUAGCAUCCAAAGGAAUYGUACAUCGUGAUCUCGCUGCUCGCAAUGUAUUACUAACUAACGACAACUUUGUUAAAAUUGCUGAUUUCGGUCUAUCUCGUCAAAUGACGUACAAAGAGCAAAURUACCAGGCGCAGGGACGACGCAAGCUGCCUAUAAAAUGGAUGUCGCCGGAGGCUAUAUUUGAGCAGACUUUUACCACAAAGAGUGACAUAUGGUCGUACGGAGUUGUUCUUUGGGAAAUCUAUUCAAUGGGUGGUGCACCAUAUCCUACCAUCACCAAUGCGGCACUAUUACACUUCCUGAGCAAGGGUAAUAGAUUGGAAAAAACAGAACUCUGCUCCGAUGAAAUGUUCGAGCUUAUGAACAAAUGCUGGAACGAGCAUGCGCAAGAUCGUCCAUCAUUCGAUGACGUCAUAGCUACCCUUGAGACGUUGAUGACUCGUGACAACCCUUAUUUUGAGUUCAUGGGAAUUGAUGAGAGCAACCAAUGUUACAUGGUGCCGUCAUUCAAAAGUGCUCCUGACAGCGAGGAGUCUGGGGAUGAACUGACGAUGGUGUAGUGUCGCCUGAAUUUUGUAUUUGCAGACACUAAAAAUGAUAAUUGGAUUAAUAAUUAAUUAUAUACUACACAAUUAUCCUCAGCAUGGAGCUACAACCAUGUUUCUUUUGAGCUCAGUUUCGUCACCAUGUUGAACGAAAAGACACGAAA